AUGCAGCCGCCAAUCACGCCCGUCCCGCCCGUUCAGCCUUCUAUGUACCUCGAAACGCAGACCCAGUAUGCCCAGAGGCAGCCUCGGCCCCCCGGCCCCUACAACCAGGUGUGGGCCGCCCAAGCCACCGUUCUCACGGUCGAGGUGCAGCCGCCUGACUACGUGCUCUGGUCGCUCUUCAACACCCUCUUCCUGAACAACUUCUGCUUCGGCUUUGUCGCCCUCAUCUACUCCAUCAAGGCGCGGGACUGCAAGGUCCUCCGCGACCUCGAAGGGGCGACCCGCUUCGGCAAGAUGGCCCGGAUCUUCAACUUCGUGGCCAUCAUCGUGGGGAUCAUCAUCUUCAUCAUCGGGGUGGUGCUGGCGGCCACCGUCGCGAAGGAGACCCUGAAAAAAUGGAACUCCAUGCUGCAGUCCGUCUCCGAACUGCGUUCGCUCCACAAGCACGACUAA